AAAAAAAAACAGUUGUGCGCAGAGGGCGGUGUGACGUCAUCGCCGUGCGACGAGAGUUCCUCACCGAAGACGACAUGGCGGAGUCCGAGACGAACAAAGUCAUUAAGUUGGUCCCUGAGAACCUCCUUAAGAAAAGAAAAGCGUACCAAGCCAUUAAAGCGACCCAGGCCAAGCAAGCUUUGCUCGAGAAAAGAAAGACAAAGAAGGGACGUGGGCUGAAGUUCAAGCGUCUGGAGGAGUUUCAGAGGUGCAGCUGGAGGAAGAAGCGCGAUGAAGUGCGUUUGAUGCGAGCUCAGCGCAGACCUCCUCCUGCUCUCCCUCCAUCCAAGAACAGCCUGGUUUUUGCUGUACGCGUUCGAGAGAUCAAAGGCAUAAGUCCGAGAGUGAGGAAGACCAUCCAGAUGUUGAGGCUGCGCAAGAUCUUCAGUGGGAUCUUUAUUAAAGUCAGCAAGACGUCAAUGAACAUGCUGCGAGUGGUCGAGCCCUACGUUGCUUGGGGGUUUCCUAAUUUGAAGUCUGUUCGUGAGCUCAUCUUGAAACGAGGCCAGGGAAGGGUGGAUAAGAGACGGAUUCCUCUGACAGACAACGCCAUCAUCGAGCAGUAUUUAGGCCAGCACGGCAUCAUUUGUCUGGAGGACCUCAUCCAUGAGAUCUACUCGACUGGAAAGAACUUCAAGGUGGUGAACAGGUUUCUCUGGCCGUUUCAUUUGUCUGUUCCACGGCACUCAGCCAGAGAUAAAGUCGGCCUUCUAAAAGAAAUGGGAGAGCCGGGACCUCGCGCUGAUGACAUCAACAGAGUCAUCAGGAAGUUUAACUGAGCUGCUCUUUGUGGACCUUGGAUGGACUAAUGUUUUGUGGAGAGUUUCUUGUCUCUACCUUUCUUUACCUUAAGAUCCAAUGUCAGGGAUCAGACCAAGAUUGGACAUGGCUUUAAUGGAUCACAUUCAUAAUGACAACUCAGACCAGGAUCUGUCUUCGAGUUGUAGUGUUCUGUCUCAUAUGCUUGAGUGUUCUAUAGUUAUGUGCAGCAGUUUGUAUUAAAAUGAAUAUGGUUAAAUAUAA